AUGGAUUUGAGUCGAGAGAAAGUGAAGAACAAGGGACUGAUCUUGAAAACCUGGGAGCGCUGCAAGACGAUCGGCCGAGGGGGAAGAAAUUCACCGUCCUCCGCCGGAAUAAAACGAUUCUUAACGAGGAAGUCAAAAUCGUGGCCUCGCCUGGAGCUCAUCUCCGGCGGAGAAGACAAGGACGAGGACGAGGAGGAACGGUGGCGGAGCUACGGCCGGACGCGUAAAGUGGCGCCGGAAGGUUGUUUCACGGUGUACGUCGGAGCGGAGAGGCAGAGAUUUGUGAUCCCAACAGAGUAUGCGAAUCAUCCUCUGUUCCGAUCGCUGUUGGAAGAGGCGGAGGCGGAAUACGGGUACAACUGCCAGGCGCCGCUGUCGUUGCCGUGCGAUGUAGAGAGUUUUUACAGAGUGCUGAUGGAGAUGGACGACGGCGCCGCCGAUCUCCGCCGUGGAUGUGGAUACCCUACUCCGAAGAGAUUUGGAUCUUACCAUCUUCUCAGUCCCCGUUCUUCAUCUCUCGUUGUAAAUCAGUUCCACUUCUGA